AUGCUAUUUGCAAGAGAGUUUUUGAAUAGUGGUGACACAGUAACUGGUUGGACCUAUACUAAUAAAGUACAAUGUCAAGGAUAACUGAUUGAAGCAAAUAAAAUGGUAUAUAUGCUAAGUAGUAGUUAGAAAACAUCUUCAAAGACCUAUACAAAUCUUCCAAGCCAUUAUAGAUUUGAAAUUAGAAUAGAUUUUUUAGUCGUUGACAACCCUAAUGGAUCUGUUACCUUCUAAGCUGAUGGAUCAAAUUUAGCAUCAUAUAAUUUUAACUCACCUGGAUCGGAUUUAGCAAUAUGUGGUGAUGCAUCAACUUAAGAUAUAUUCGAAAGAGUUUAAUAUAAACGGACUCAUACUUCUUCUACUUUAACGGUAACUCUUAAAAAUAACCUUGGUUCUGGCAGCAUGCUUGGUAUUACAGAUUUAUAAAUAUUCUUAGAUACUUGUCAUCCUUUUUGCCAAACAUGCAAUGGACCAGAUUCAAAUAAUUGUACUGGUUGCGCUUCUGGUCAAACAUUAUCUGCUGGAACUUGCACAUGUCCUGCAUCUUAACUAAUGUAAAAUGGAAGCUGCGUAUCAAGUUGUGCCCCACCUUAAAUGGCUAAUGGAAGUAUAUGUGUUGAUGAUCCUUGCUAAAUAAAUUGUUCUGUUUGCAGCUCAAAUACACCGAGAUAAUGUACUAAAUGUACAGGGAGUAAUAGAUUAUUUAAUGGUAAUUGCAUCGCUUAAUGUCCUUCAUUCACUGAUAAUAUUAAUGGUGUGUGUGUUGACAUGAUUUCAAAUUAUUGGAAUGGAUACUAUCUAUUCAAAGGAUUUUUCGAAUCUGAUUUCUCUUCUAUAUCAUUUGAAAAUUAUGGAUUUACUGCUAACUAUUUUGAUCCAUAUAGUUUAGUACCUUAAUCAGAUAUGGCUUAGUAUUCCGAUUGUUACGGGAUUCGAGUUUAUGCAGGGUUUGGAAUUUAUGGUAAAAGUGUAGUAAUCAGCAACUAAUGGCCAAUACCAUGGAAGCAUAGUUCUGUUUUGGUAAAAAUGAAAUAUGUUUAAGUAGAAAAUUAUGAAAUGAAUGGAGGAGUGCCAGAAAAGUUGAGUAUUAACUUAAAUAAUUAAGAACAGGCGUUUUUAGUAAAUGGAGGUACAGAUUUAGGUUGUGGAAGAUUAGAUUAAGGUGAAAGUAUUGGAUGGUUGUCUGCCAAUACAACUAAAACUGUGUAAGAUGGAUUUUUAAAAUUAACAAUAACAAACAAUUUUGGAGAUCCUGCUUGGUAUGAAGGAUAUGCGUUUAGAGAACUAAUGAUUUUAGUAUCAAAAUGUGUAGAUAAUUGCACUAAAUGUACUGAUUAUGAUGGCUGUAUUUAAUGUGAUCCUAAUUAUUACUUGUACAGAGCAUAGUGCUAUUUAAAUAAAUGUCCAGAUGGUUCAUAUUAAGACAAAACUAAAUUACCUUUACUUGUUUGUGCUGAUUGUGAUAAUACGUGUUUGACGUGUAGUGAUGCUGGUCCUCUGAAAUGUGUUACUUGUUCAACUCCUCCUCGUUUAUUUAAAUAAAAUUAAUGUGUUGUAGAUUGUGGGGACUAAUUUUAUCCUGGAACAACUAGCUGUCUUCCAUGCGAUACUACCUGCUUUGAUUGUUCGGGACCUUCAAGUAGCCAAUGCACAAGCUGCUCAUCUGGUAGAUUUUAUUUAGUUUCAACACAUUAGUGCCUUUUAAAUUGCCCACCUGGAUUUUAUAAUGAUGCCUCUAAGAAUGUGUGCUCUCCUUGUAAUGCUUAAUGCUAUACCUGUCAAGGCCCUAGUGCUAAUGAAUGCCUUACUUGUGAACCUCCUAAAAUGUUUCUUACUGUAAAUUCUUGUGGCCCAGGAUGUGCAGCAGGAUAUUUUGGAAAUACUGCAAAUUAAGUUUGCACACCCUGCUAAUCACCCUGUUAAACAUGUGUUAACACAGCAACAAAUUGUGUUACUUGUGUAACAAAUUACUAUCUUUAAAAUGGUAAUUAAUGCUUGACUACUUGUAGCAACAGAUUUUUCCCAAAUUCAAUAACAAAUACAUGUGAUCCAUGCAAUAUGCUCUGUGUAAAUUGCAAUGGUCCUAAUUCUAAUUAAUGCACAUCUUGUGAUGCAAAUACUGGAUUUUUAUAAAAUUCAACAUGUGUUAGCUAAUGUGCUAUUGGUACUUAUGGUGAUACAAAUACUUAUACUUGCAAGCAAUGUGAUACAUCUUGUUAUGCUUGCUAAGCUCCUGGCGACAGUACAAGCUGCACAAAAUGCUUUGCACCUAAUUUUUUAAAUAAUCUUGGUUAAUGUAAGCCUACUUGCCCUAAUUAGUUUUAUGGUGAUAAAUCUAAUUUAGUUUGUAAACCUUGUCACCCAACUUGCCUAUAAUGCACUGAUGGUAACAGUACAUCUUGCAUUAAAUGUGAUGUAGGAAGAUAUUUAAGUAGUGGGCAGUGUUUGUUAAAGUGUCCUGAUGGAACAUAUCCAGAUAAUGUAAAUUAAAUUUGUAACAAUUGUUAUUACACUUGUGCCUAAUGCUCUGAUAGUGUAUCUACAGCUUGUGUGACAUGUUAAAAUGGUAGGUUUUUUUAUGGUGGUUCUUGCUUUUUAAAGUGCCCAGAUGGAUAUUAUAAUGAUAUAUUAAGUUUAAGCUGUAAACCUUGUGACUCAACAUGCAAAACAUGUGCAGGUCCAGGUAAUAAUAUGUGUCUAUCAUGUGGAUCUGGAAAAUACUUGAACAAUAAUUUAUGUGUUCCUACUUGUCUUGAUGGAUACUAUAUGGAUAAUAACUCCAAUUAAUGUGAAAUUUGCUAAGCAACAUGUAAAACAUGUUAUGGACCUAUGCCAGAUAAUUGUUAAACUUGCGCAGGAAACAGAUAUUUAGAUCCCAUAGAUUUGACAUGCGUUUCAUACUGCCCUCAAUCAUUUUAUGCAGAUUUAACUAAUCACAAAUGCAUUGCUUGCGACUCAUCUUGUCUCAAUUGUUAUGGGACAUUACCUAAUUAAUGUACAGAUUGUCCGAAUGGUACGUAUUUAUUAAAUGGUUAAUGCUAUUCUACUUGCAAGGCUGGUUAUUUCCCCGUAACUUAACCUAAUAUAUGUAGCCCUUGUCAUAAAUCUUGUGGAACUUGCACUGGUGCACUCGAGAAUUAGUGCUUCUCUUGUAGCAAUGGGAGAUAUUAACUAGGAUAUAUUUGUCUAGAAAUAUGUCCUGAUAAUUAUUAUGGUGAUCCUACUUCUAAUUAAUGUAAAUAAUGUGACCCAAAUUGCUUCCUUUGCAACGGAGGAACAAACAGUAGUUGCACAAAAUGUGUUAUUGGUAUGUAUUUAUACAAUGGUACAUGUGUUAAAAUUUGUCCAACUGGAUAUUUUGGAUCAGAUUUAAAAGGAUAAUGUUUAUAAUGUGACCCAACUUGUGCUACAUGUGACAAGACAAAUCCUAGUACAUGCUUUUCUUGUAUAAAUAAUUUUUAUUUAUAUCAAGGAACAUGUCUGAAGCAGUGUCCCGACGGAACAUUUGAAAGCACAGCAAUUGCAUAAUCAUAAGAUUCUUCGUCUUCUUAACAGGUCAUAAAAAUUUGUAAAAACUGUUACUAUGGAUGUAAACUUUGCAAUGGUGAAACUGAUAUAAGCUGCUAAGUUUGGGAUUCAGUUGAAGUUUAUCAUCAAGAAUCAAAAAUAAUUUAUUGGAUUUUUGUAGGAUAAAGCAUUUAUUCAACGAUAGCUUUCUUUUUUGGAUUCUAUAGAGAUUAUAAACGCAAGCAAUUAGAAGAUAUAUUAACAGAAGCAUAAGAAGAUAAAGAAGAUGAGAGACAUUUGAAUGAAACUCCAUCUCCUGAAAAUAUUCAUAGAGAGAAUAAUAUUACAACAAAUAAUUCCCAUAUGCCAAUGAAAAAUAGCUUUUAAAAAUCAUAAAUAAGAAGAAAAAGACCAAAUACAAUAAUCAUGCAAGAAAUAUCUCCUAAAGAUAAUAAUUCACCUUAAAAUACACAUCAAAACACUUAAAUUCAUAAAGAUGAUAACAAGCACACUUAAUAUGACGAUAAAUCUUCAAUUCAUACACUACAAAUUUAGAACUCACCUCGCUCUAGAAAGGAUUCUAAUUUGAUUAGAAAUAGUACUUUAGGACAAAAUUAGUUAGUUAGUUUCUACUAAAGUAAUACAAAUAUACCUUCAAUUAGAAAAUUAAAAAAGAAAUCCACAAUUGCAGGAACUAUUCAAACUGCUAUGAUAAUUCCUACUGCUAAGAAAGAUAAUGAGGGUUUUGAAUUUAGUGGCAAUAAAAAUUUAUUCUUUUUCUACUUGAAUUUCUUCCAGAUACUCAAUAUCAUAAUCAGAUAUGAUAGAUAUUUGAUUAGGCCACUUAGAGCAUUAAUUUUCUAUGCAAAGACGAUGCUUAUUUUAUGGUUUACAUCAAGACUCAUGCCUAAUCAGCUUUAUGUAGUUUUUAGCUUAGUUACUCUCUUGUAAAUAGUUUCAUGUGUACUAUCUAGUGCUUCAAGAUAUAUCUCUAAAUAUUUACCAAGAGCAGCAGCAAUAGUUUUUACUUUGGUUGUCAUUUUAAUUAUGUAUAAGUUAUUUUGGUUUUUCCUACCUGAGUUAUCAGCAAUAAACUAUUCACAAGAUAGGAAUUGGUCGUUCCUUUACUUAUAUGCUAUUUGCUUUGACAUAGGGUUAUUUUAAUUAAUAUUUAAUGGUAUUUAGUAUUUCUAUACAAGAGAUAUAAUCUAAAGACCUCCAGUUACUUGGUCAAAAUCCAAAAAAGCUGCAUCAAAAAUAUUUUACAAUGACUCAGUAGCUUCAUGGUUAAAGGAAAAAUGA